AUGCGUCGCCAAAUCCCCUUGACCAGCAGCUACCGGCGGCGAUGGCAAUGGCUGCUAAGAGCGGCCGGGAACCACUGGAAAACGCUACUCCUCCUUCUAGCCAUACUCUGGCUCUAUACCCACCAUAGUGAGCAGAAACAAGCACACGCAGUAACCGACGCGUCUUUCGCCCUUGAACUCUCGAUGCUCGUCGAAUCGUCCAAAGCAAACCAUGCUCUCCCUCUCCAGCAAGCCCAAGAAUUAUGCGCUCUGCAUAACUUCGACGCGUAUCCAGCACGUUCGGAAGGUCGAAAAAUUUAUGAUCUGUUCAUGUUGAAUGACGAGUUGGAUUGGCUCGAGAUCCGUCUCAAUACGAUGGCCGCCUAUGUCGAUUAUUUUGUCAUCGUGGAGUCAGACUUAACCUUUACGGCGCGCCCGAAACCUCUCGCACUGAGGGAUAAUUGGCCACUCUUCGAUAAGUUUCAUGACAAGAUCAUAUACCACCAGGUGGAAGACAUCCCGCUAGAUGCAACACGGUCAUGGGAUUUGGAAGACCACCAACGGAAUGCGAUGUACACACAGGUUAUACCACGGCUGGAAGGGGAGAGAAUGACACGGCCGGGAGAUGUGUUAAUUGUGAGCGACGUGGAUGAGAUCCUACGACCCGCUACGUUAACUCUGUUGCGGAACUGUGAUUUUCCAAAACGGCUCACGCUGCGGAGCCAGUUCUACUACUACGGGUUCCAAUGGCUGCAUCGCGGGGAACAAUGGAAGCAUCCGCAAGCUACUAUCUAUGAUGGGCCGGAGCGGACUAUUCUUCCCGCGGAUCUACGGAACGGCGAGGGCGGAAGUCGAAUCGCUGCAUGGUGGCAUAAGGCAGACUUGUGGAAUGCCGGGUGGCAUUGUAGCACCUGCUUCCAAAAUAUCAGCGAUGUUUUGACCAAGCUGGCUAGCUUCUCGCACAUGAGUCUCAACCGGGAGGAGUUCAGAGAUCCAGCGCGUAUCGUAGAUAGGGUGCGGAAUGGCCUAGAUUUGUGGGACCGAGAGGGGGAGGUAUACGACAAAAUUGAAGCGAACGAGGAUAUUCCUCCUUUUUUGCAGAAGAGUGGGGAUAGAUUCAGCUAUUUGCUAGAUAGGGAUGGGCCAAAUGCCGGGUUUUUGGAUUAUGGCGACAUUCAGAGUGGCCCUUGA